CCCAACAGCCUGAUCUACUGUCAGCCUGCGCUUCACAUAACUCCAUAUGCAUGGGAAAAUGAGCUUGUGCUGGGAUGCUUUAAAAUCUAAAGCACUGCACAUGGAUUCAGAAUAUCAGGGUGCAUAAGAAAGAAUUGGAUUAUCCACUGUUGGACAUUUCAAAAUUGGACCAUCUGUUAUUCAUAUUCCACUGUGGAAGAUGGAUAGAAUUUUGCAUGUUACUAGUCGCUGAGACUGGGCUACUGAACUGACCAGAGAUUGAUUUUUGGAUAUUUUGUUUGCGGAUGUAACAGGGAGCAUAGUUAUUUCAUCAGUCCCUCUCUAUCAGGCUUCAUCAUGACCUCUCUAACAGGGAAUAAAGACAGAUCUGGCACCAGGAGUAGAAAAUAUGGGAUGACCGAUUCAUCCCCUACGAAGUCACCAUCAUUCUCUCCUGAAACCUGGUACCGAAAGGCUUAUGAGGAGUCCCGGAGCGCCAGUCGCCCGGUCCCUGAAGGCGCGGGCUCCAUGCCCGGGUCCUCGGGAACCCCUUCCCCUGGAUCUGGAAUAUCAUCCCCGGGCUCUUUCUCGGGCUCACCUGUUACUAUAUCGCCUGGAAUCAACACCGGUUCGCCCGGUUCUUUAGGCGGAUCUCCAGGGUUCGGCACUGGCUCUCCAGCCUCGGGUAGCGGGAGCUCACCUGGUUCUGAUCGGGGCAUCUGGUGCGAGAACUGCAACGCUCGACUGGUGGAGCUGAAGAGACAGGCAUUAAAACUACUCAUUCCCGGACCCUACUCUAGCAAGGAUCCUUCCUUCUCCCUGCUGAUCCACGAGAAAUUGCAGGUUCCCAACAGCACACGCAAGGCAUGGAAUGAGCGUGACGGUCGCUGUGACGUGUGUGCCACUCACCUGAGUCAGCUGAAGCAGGAGGCCGUCCAUAUGGUGCUGAGCCUGGAUCAGUGUGAUGUAUCUCCUGGGUCUCCUCCAUCCCUGGCUUCCCUGGUGGGAUCCCGUAGUGUCCUCCAGGGUCCCACACCACCUCGAGACUGGGCAUUCCUCCCUACAGGCUACCAUUCCUCUGCCUCUUCUACCGUUUCUGCCACCACCUCCACUUCUACCCCAACAAUCACAAAUGCCAGCAACGGCGGCAGCUCCCACCACCCAGCCUACCCCAAACACGGACCCAAACCCAACAGUCUUGGGGUGAGCAAUGGUGUAGAGAAGAAGAACAACUCACCAGGCCAUGCAGGAAAGUCCACAGGACCGCAACAGCCUCAUCUAUCCAGCAGCCCCAGCAACACUAAUGGAACUGUGUUGAGUUCUGUCGCACUCCAAGCUCAUCAGUACCUGGACGGCACCUGGACAUCUGGACACCUGUCAAGAGCCAAUGGCGUCACACUCUAUCCUUAUCAGAUCUCUCAGAUGGUGUCAGAAGGCAACCGGGAGGGUCUUAAUGAAGCCGCGCUCAACCGCUACAACGCUGAUCGGCCCAAUGCAUACAGCAGCCCAGCUGCCCCACCUCCUGCCCCAGUCACCACAGCGCCCUCCAGUGGCACCUCCGCUGCUGCAUCCUUCUUUGCCAGGGCUGCCCAGAAAUUGAAUCUGUCUUCCAAGAAGAAGAAGCAGCGUCCUGCGCCCCCUGUGGCAUGUGAUCCACCCCUUUUUCCCACCAACUUCAGCGGCAUCCUGCAGGUGUCUCCGCCCCCUGCUCCGCCCUGCCUUUUACGGGCAGUCAACAAAGUCAAAGACACUCCUGGCUUGGGCAAGGUACGAUCUUUCAGCAAAAAUGGCUGCAUUUAGGUCUUGUCGUUUUAUUAGUCUUUACUCUUAUUAAGUCUGUUUUUUACCAACAUAUGAGCAUAUGUAAAUGCUUUUGCAAGCUAAACAGAUUCACCUAAUCAACAUAGAACAGACUACUUUUUAUUAUUUACUUAGAUCUAGCAGCAAUGGUCACCUAUCAAUGCUAAUGUCCCCUUCAAGUGGAGUUGAAAUACAUUGUAAUAAAUAUAAUAAAUAUAAUUGUGAGUUCUGAGCACUUGGUCCUAGUGGUUAGAGAGUAUGACUCCUAAACCUAAGGUUGUGGGUUUGAGUCUUGGUCCAGCAAUACCAUGACUUAGGUGCCCUUGAGCAAGGCACUGAACCCCCGAACUGCUCCCUGUGCACCACAGCAUAAAUAGGUGC